CAGUGCUCCAAUUACCUCAUAUUUGGAGAGAGAAAGCUGCAACCAAUCCAGUCUCUGUCUGCUUUUAGGUCAAGUGAUUUCUGAACUGCAGUGAGAUGCUUUGAAUUUGUCUUGUUGCAGCUCCUAGUCUGUAAGAUGGCUGUCUGGAACAGCAGCAGCUGGGAGAGACUCCGUGUGUGUGAGUGAGGGCGAGAGAGAGAAUAUGGGGGAUCGCCCACAGUGCUCCGUGUUUUAAAAUGUGCGUCUAAGCUGAUGAAGCUAAGGUCAGGAUUUAUCCAGGGGCCUGGGACCAGCUUAGCUGCAUUAUUGCUGGCAUUUUCUGCUCAGAGGAGAUGGGGAAUUCUCUGGGCUGCGUUAAGGAACCGAAAGAGCAGGCUGCUGGCCCAGGAAAGGCUCCUCUGUCCCCCCAAAAGAGGGUUCGCUUUAAACGGAAGCGGAGGGGGAAGAAGAGAACGGUGCCAGAGGCAAAUCCCAAGGAGCAGCCCUUGCCUGGCGCGGAGAUUGCUGAGGAUGAUGAGGCACUGGAGAAGUUCAAAGUACAGCCUCAGCAGGAGGGAGGAGAGGAAAUUGCCAAGCCCUUGCACCAAGGCACCUCACAGCCCCUGGAUCCUAAUCCCAGCUCAAGUCCAGAGGCACUGCCUCAGGGUCUCCUUGUACAGGUGAAAGAGAGAUUUCAAGGGGAAGUCCGGAAGGCUCAGCUGGUGGUCGAGCACUGGCCCUCGGGGUCUGGGGGCAGGAGGGGUUCCCCUGAGGAGGGCACCACGGUCAUUGCACGCCUGCUCGACAACCCUGCGGAGAAGAACUGUGAGAAGGCUGUGAGCAGGCUGGUUGAAUUUCAAAGGACAGGAGCUGGCAGCAGCAGAGCUGUGCUGUUGCCUUUACAAAGGGAGACCGCAGUCAAAGCCUACAAGAGGAGGGAUGAAGACCAGCUUGUGUCCAGGUGUCACGCGGUGUCUAGAGAGGAGCCAGCGGGCGGACGCGGGCCGGAGAAGCCUGCAGCUUUGGUGGAAGCUGGCGGGUCUCCGGAGGUCUGGGAUGCAGAAGAGGGGAAUGAAAGUAUUUCAAGUGCCACGUGGACAGGUUCGUGGUUCGUAGAGCCAGGCACCAUCUCAGAAUUGUCCACACCGUCGCCCAUGGUGGACCAGGUGGAAAACCAAGGCUUUGAGAAGCCCCAGAGGCUGUCAUUGUCACGGGAGAAACCUGCCCUCAAGGGGGGAGAGGGCCCUUGGAUUCAGCCUGGCACUAAACUGUCUGCCUCUCAGAGCGACUCUUCGUUCAGCGGGCCGACCACCAGCACUGCCCAGCGCUCCUCAGGAUAUGGGAGUGACUCGUCCCGUCAGCCCACCAGGGAUACUGUAGCCAGUCAGAUCUCGGGGUCGAUCUUGGAAGAUGGCUGCCCACUCCCUGCACAAGAGGACAGCCAGGUUCAGAGGGGCAGGACGGAGAAGGCCGUGAAGCCUUCUGGAGGAAAGGUCAGUGUUCGUAUUCGUUUACUGAACCAUCUUUCAGAGGUGGGGGGGAUGCUCUCCUGAAUAUCAGUGAUCCAGCCCAGCCCUCCAUUUCCCUGGGAGAGUUUUCUUCCCAGUUGACUCCAGUCUGCUUAGCCCUGUGUCUAGCGCUGUGAAUUACAGCCACAUAUGGAGAAGUGGCAGGUUAAAGCCAAGUCAGAAUGCUCCUGGAGAAGCGUCUGUCUCCAGCCUGAGGAGCUGCAUGGCUCUGGUAGCCCUCAGGUGUAAUUUGCAUGGAGAUCUGUUAGGAAUGUCAGAUGAGGAGAGCGGGGACUGCAUGGGCUGUUUGCUUGUGGACUGACCCUGUUUGUACUUUGCUGCCUCCACCCUGUAAUCUACCUAGAGUGUGCAGGUAGAGAGCUGGAGCAGCACUCGAUGGAGAAGCAGGAUGUGGGAAGGCAAUUACUUGUAUUUUAGGUGUAAUUGCCUGUGUGUCACUCGAGAUGCACUGACUAUAGUUAGCAUGUUCACCCACUUUCAAGGGGUUGCUAACAGCACGUUCCCUCCGUUCUCACACUUGUGUGGCGUGCACGCUCCCCCCUUUGUCUGCAUGCAUUUAACAUUUCUGUGAAAUGUUGGCACUGAUUAAAAAUGGGGGAAGGGGCGGUUUGCAAAGUGUGUUGGUUAGGAAGGAGGCUUGUUAGAAUGGUCCCAAAAACGGGUGCAUUGCAGCCAGACAGGCCAAGGCAGCAACUUUCAGUAGUGAUGUCCCUGGCGUUAGUAGCACUUUCUAGCAUUUAUCUGUGUGUGUGUGUAUGUAUGUGACUUACCAAGUACCUUUGUUGGCUGCUGUCAGUCUGUGGGGUGUGUGUGUGUGUGUGAGAGAGAGAGAGAGAGAGAGAGAGAGAGAGACUUACCAAGUACCUUUGUUGGCUGCUGUCAGUCUGUGGGGUGGAAAGGGGGCAGAGACCGGUAGAGCGUAUGGGGAACAUGAUUGAAAUGGUGGGAGACACCCCCUGAUUCAGCCUCAAACCUGUAGCGGGGCAGGGCAGAGAGCAAUUCAAACAGAGAAGAGCGACAGGGUCGUUAAUCAGCUGAGAGAGGGAAGGUGCUAGUGUUCAUAGAAUCAUAGAAUAUCAGGGUUGGGAGAGACC